AAACGUCAAUUGUCAGAGAAUCAGAUGUGCCUUUUUAGUUUUUCAGAGGGUUGUUGACUUGAACAUUUUUUGAUUUAAAAUUUUUUUUUGUCUAUUAGCAUUUUAAAAUAUUAAAAAUUAUGCCCGUGAGAAGAGCCCUUCACGCAGGAAGCUGGUACACGGACUCUAAAAUUGAACUGUCUCGACAACUGGAGUAUUGGUUAAAUCAAGCAGAUUUAACGCAUGGCCCUGCCAGAGCUAUAAUUGCCCCGCAUGCCGGUUAUCAGUAUUGUGGGGCUUGCGGAGGUCACGCUUAUCGGCAAGUAAGUCCAGUAGUUGUACGCAGAAUCUUCGUGUUGGGCCCUUCUCACCAUGUGCGUUUGUCGGGUUGUGCCUUGUCUAGUGCACAAAAAUACAAGACACCUUUAUAUGAUUUACAUAUAGAUAGAACAGUAAAUAAUGAGUUAGAAACGACUGGUCAUUUUGAAUGGAUGGAUAUGGAUACGGAUGAAAAUGAGCAUAGUAUUGAAAUGCAUUUGCCCUAUAUCGCAAAAGUAAUGGAAAACUACAAGCAUCAGUUUACAAUUGUUCCUAUAUUGGUUGGUUCACUUAAUCCAGACAAAGAAGCUUAUUAUGGUCGAAUUUUAUCUCGGUAUUUAGCAGAUCCACAGAAUCUUUUUGUUGUAUCUUCAGACUUUUGCCAUUGGGGACAUAGAUUUAGAUAUACAUAUUAUGAUAGAUCAUACGGUAGCAUUUAUCAAUCAAUUGAGGGACUUGACCGCGUGGCUAUGAAUAUAAUCGAAAAUCUAAACCCAGCAGAAUUUACAAACUACCUCAGAAAGUACGGGAACACUAUAUGUGGCAGACAUCCAAUUGGCAUUCUCCUUCAAGCCAUUCAAGAAUUACUUAGAAGUGACGGUACCCAAAAUGCAUCUUUAAAAUUUUUGAAAUAUGCGCAGUCUAGCCAAUGCCACAAUAUGAACGACUCUUCAGUAAGUUACGCAUCCGCAGCCUUAGUAAUUGAUUAGUAUCAGUGGGGCCUUAUUUAUUUUUAUAAUUUAGUUAAUUUAAAAUUUCUGUCUCGUUGUUCAUGAUAGCAGGCCAUCAUUAAUUUUUACCAAAGCAUCUCUUAACAUUUUUUGUUUAUAUUUUUCGCAGCCCCAUUUAUAAUAAAUAGUUUUUAUUCUUCGCAGCAAACACAUAGUGAUGGUAUACUUUGGCAACAAAAUGCAUAAUUACCUAUCUUGAUUUUCAAUAUAAGUCAAAAUUGUAAGGUAACUCUUAUUUCUUUGAUUUUUCUAUUAAAUAUAAUAUAGUUAAAUUUCUUUUUUCCAUAAAUCUAAUGUGUUAUAUUCAGCCAAACGAAAGCCAUUGUAAACGACAUAUUAGAGAUAAGUGACUUAUAUAUUACCAAUUUAUGGUCGGUUAUCAUAGUUACAACCUUAUGAGAGGCUUAAAAAUUUAAUAGGGUAUAAAUUAAAUGCUGUUAUUGAUAGUGGGAGUGCUGGUUGCUCUCGCUAUUCGUAUGACCGACAGACAGAUUUGUAAAUGAAACAAUGUAAUGAAUUAUUUGUUUUUAUUUAGAUGUGGAAGGGAUUGAUAUAGGUUAAUGAAAUUAUGUUGGAGAAGGUGGACGUUUCGCAUAUCCAUUUCAAUGAAAUAAAUGAAAAUAUUUAAUAGGUAUUUUAUAAAUUGGUCGAUUCCUUCUCCAACUAAAUAAACUUAGCUAAUAAGAUUUUGGAUCGUUAUAUCAGCCUGUAACGAUAAAUUUAAUGUGUAUUAAGUGUUCAGAAUCUUCAUUUCUUUAUUGUGUAACUUAAACUUAAGUUGGUUAAGUUUGGAAGCUUUUGAAGGCACAUAUUAAUUCAAUGAGCCAUAAGAGUUGGUAUCCUAAUUUAUAAACCUUAUAUUGUUUGUUCUGGUAUUAUUGUACAUUGUCACACCCAUGUCCAACAAUAUCACUCAUAGCAGAAAAAUUUUGCAUUAAUUACAUUUGAUAUAUUAUUGUAUACUUAAUAUAUAGUUUAAAUUAUUAUAUGAUUAUAUUGUGUUUGCUGGGACGAUUUUUUUUAAAAAUUAUAUAUAUUUUAUACCUAGAAAGUUGUAAUAUAAUUAGAAUUUAAUAUAGAUAAUAUAAGUGCAAUUAACUUUUGUAAAGACGAUAUUACGGUUUCAAGUAUGGUAGUAAACAUAUUAGUAUAAAUAGAUUUUUUUCCGCA